CCUAAAGUCAACAUGAAGAGGGACAUUGUGUGGUCUCUCUCUGUCAGACCUCUUAAUCUAUAGCAGUAGCAGCGCGUCAGUACAAAGCGGGGUAUAAGUCAUGACAGCAGAGCCCCUGACUCAAUGCUGCUUUGGUUAAUCAGUAACCAUAGUGGGAGCAGCGAGGCUGGCCGGCUGUGUUAAAAUGAGGGAGCCGAGGAGCCUGGACCUCAUUCAGCAUCUCACUCAGCAGCAGCAGCAGACACACACGAAGAAUCCAGUUAAAGGGGACUAUCAACAUAAGGGAUAAUGUGGUCGCCUCUCGUAGCCCUCCUGCUCUGCUGCUACCUCUUAGGAAGUCAAGCCAACCGUGUAUACGUCCACCCCUUCAAUCUCUUUGCUUCUGAUAAUGUCAGCUGCGAGACCAUACAGAACGAGACGUCCAAGCAACUGCAGACGCUCCCUGUGGCCCCCCUUGAUAUCGAAGUACUGACACCAGACAACAGGGACCAGUCGAAUGUGGACGCACAGAGGCAUAACAUCACAGUGAGGACGGCGGUCCUGGCAAAGCUGGUGAACACUCUGGGCCUGAGGAUGUACGUGGCUGUCAGCAAUAAGCAGCAAGGCACCAACAUUCUCUUGUCUCCGGUCAACACCUUCGGGUCCUUAGUCACCUUCUACCUGGGAGCCUCCAAGAAGACAGCGAAGCUAUACCUGACGCUACUAAGCCUUGGCAGACAAACCGACAGGCAGGACUGUGUGUCCUUGAUGGAUGGACACAAGGUCCUCAAGACCAUGCAGGGCAUUAACUCGCUGGUGGACGAUGGACCAAAAGAUGAAAUCACCACCCAGGUCUGGACCUUCACUCGCCAGGACGCUCAACUGUCUGAGGACUUUAUUCAAGGCACACAGCAGUGCUCCGACACAUCCUUCACACGCAGCGUGGACUUCUCGCAACCUCUGGAGGCCGAGAAUCUGGUGAAUAGCUUUGUGGAGAAGACGUCAGAAGGGAGAUUGAAAGGCAUCUUCAAAGAUGUGAACUCCAGCAGUAAUCUGCUAUUUGUUUCUUCCUUCAACUUCCAAGGUAAAUGGAGGACAGCUUUUCAGCUAAAGAAGACCGCCCCGCAAGAGUUUUAUGUGGAUGAAACAACCACAGUGAUGGCUCCCAUGAUGAUCCACACGGGUCAGUACCAGUACUACAAUGAUCAGGUACAGCGGUGCACAGUUGUGAAGCUGUCUCUGAGCAAGCGCUCCUACAUGUUGUUGGUCCUGCCUCAUGAAGGUGUUAAAAUGCAGGACAUUGAGUCAAAGCUGCUCACAGACGUCAUGUCCGGCUGGCACGAGAGCCUCCAGGAGGGCCUGUUGGAGCUGUCCCUCCCAAAGUUCUCCUUGUCCUCUGAGAAUGAUCUCCGUGAAUUUCUGAGCAAUAUGUCUCCGGAAGUCGAAGACAAGCUGUUGGGCUCCCAGGCGGAGUUCAGUGGACUCAGCAACACCCAACCCUUUACUAUAGAUCAGGUGGUCAACAAGGUGCUUUUUGAGAUGUCAGAGGAAGGAGCAGAACUUCAGGAUAAGAUCCAGGAGGCGGGCGUCCCUCUGAAACUGUCCAUCAACCGGCCGUUCUUCUUCUCCGUCAUAGAGGGAGACUCAAGCGCCAUCCUCAUGCUGGGCAAGAUCACCAACCCUACUCUGUAAAAUGUGAUAGUACUCAAAAUAAUUUAGAUCAUAAUUUUGUUUUUCGGUUGAACACAUUUAUAUACAUGAAUAAUGAAGCACAUCCUCGCUCAGGAGGAUCUAUCAACAUUCAACAGUGUUAUUUCUCUCAACCUAGCUGAUCUCUUCUGUCUCAGUAUUUAUGAAAAGCUGUUACUUUAACUUGUUUUCAAGCAGCCUGUUUAAAACGCUAAUUUGUCUGUUUCUGUAUUAUAGCGGAGUUCUGUACAAUAAGUAGGUACAGCAACCACAAUUCUCCACGACGAAUGACUAAUACGUUGUAUAUUGUAACUAAGAGUUUAUUUUUUUUUUGUUACGAUUUGUGAUUGCUGAAAUAAAACAUUUGUAUCCAAA